AUGCCCACGACAGGCGACCUGGCGGUGCCCUUGUUAGCUGCGGCGCCCGAAACGAGCUCCUGGUUCCUCUUCCGAGUACGACUUCGCGAGAACGGCUUGGCUGCCCUCAGUCGCACGUUCCUGCAGUACGUGACGGCCAGUCUCCUGCAUCUGCGCGGUUCUUUCAGCGGCAUUGCUAAGGUGCUCCAAGACCUGUUUCCGCAUAGUACCCUCGACUCGCAGGAGGUGCGUCGAGCCCUGGAGCAUGCCUGGUUGAUCCACGAGACCUUGUCCUUGACAUACCCCACUUUCUUUGGGCGACCUUGUGACAUUCGCGUGGAUCGCGCGGAUGCAUUUCUGGCGGAGGCGGAGAGCGAGCUCGUGCGGUUGCUUGGAGUUCAGGCCACUGCUCACAGCUGCCAGGGCUGCAGCAACGGCGUUCUAACAGGAGAUGGCGGCAUGAAGCUGACAACCGCCCUUUGCAACGAGCGAACCAGCAGUUACCAUGCCAACUCGCAGCUCCAACUGAAGGUGCUGGCUGGCUGCUCGCGGCGUCCCGUCAACGGCAGCCUCUUUUGCAAAGCGCACCAGGUGCCCGCUUGCCUGGCUGGGAUCGGCCCGGAAGUGCAAGCGCAUCGCAAACAGCAGGGGAGCGUGCUAUUCAGACUUUCUGGGCACGAGGACUACAAGCCAGCGUGCGAGAUACCGACUGCUCGGCUGCGCCAAUAUGACUCGCGGGGCGUGCUCGCCGACUAUGGAGAGCUCUCGACACAGUGGUCGUCUGCUGAGGAGGAAACGGACUUGGUCGACUCCGUCACUUUGCAGUUGGAGCCCUCUGAUGCUGCAUCAGGAUGUCGCUGUGCCAAAGAUGAGCGGAAGCGCCUCGCGAUACGCAAGUACGCAGGUGUCUUCGUGCUCGUGCUGCCUUGUGGUCACGUUGUCCAUGUGUCGCGGUCGGCUCCGAGAGUCUGCCUCAAGUGGCCAUGGCUUUCGCCGAGGGUCUUCGACUGCUGCCGACCAAGAGCUUCCUCCUUUACGACUUUGCCUGUGGGCUGGCACGCUUUCUUCGAAAUCCGGUGCGUGCUAGGGCCACCGAAAUGCAUGCCCGUUUAG